AUGGCAAGCGAGUUGAAAAACAGGCAGCCUGGAGUUCUACCUAGCAAUACCGAAACACUUGGGAACAAUAAUGGGAAGCAAUGCCACGCGGUGAUGUUGCGGAGUGAAAGAGCUCUUGAAGAAAAAAGAAUGAAUCCAAGAAACAACAGUCCUUCGAAAGAACGCAUUACACGUCCAAUGAAUCAGGAAGAAAGAACGCCCGAAACCACAAGCCAUUCGAAAACCACUACGUCUAAUGCGGGAAAGCCUGAGGUGCCGCUGAGCGCACCAUUCCCUAGGCGUCUGAUGAAGAAGAAUGAUGAGCAUCAAUUCAAGUGCUUUCUUGAGCUCCUAAAGCAGUUGCAUAUCAACAUUCCACUUACAGAAGCUUUGGAGCAGAUGCCAACAUAUGUAAAAUUUUUUAAGGACAAUUUGACGAAAAAGAGAAGAGUCAGUGAGAAGGAAGUAAUAGCGCUAAUGCAGGAGUGUAACGCAUUAAUAAGCAACAAUCUACCAAAGAAGCAAAAGGACCCUGGGAGCUUCACAGUUCCUUGUUCGAUAGGAGGAUUGGAUGUGGGUCAUGCAUUGUGCGAUCUAGAAGCCAGCAUUUAUCUCAUGCCACUUUCAAUUUUUAAGAACGAAGCACAACCUACUUCUGUUACUAUUCAGCUCGCUGACAGAACAAUUAAGUACCCAGAAGGGAAGAUUGAAGACGUUUUGGUGAAGGUUGACCAUCUCAUAUUCUCAGCAGACUUUAUUAUCUUAGACUAUGAAGCAGAUAGGGAGGUACCAAUUAUCCUUGGACGUCCCUUCUUAGCUACUGGGAAAGUUUUAAUUGACUUGCAUAAAGAUGAGUUAACUAUACGCGUGGACAAUGAAGAGGUGAAGUUUAAUGUGCUCAACGCAUUAAAGUUCCCAGAUAGUGAAGAUUGUCAACUAAAUAGUAUUGAGUUGCCUGAAGAAGAGACCCAUGUAUGUGAGGUCCUCGCGUUGGAGGAAAACCUUAAAGAAUCAGAGCCGCCAAGUCUGAGUGAGCGGCGGACAAAACCAACGCGUCCAUCACUUGAAGAACCACCAGAACUCGAAUUGAAACAGUUACCUAGACACUUGAAAUAG